CCAGCCAGAUUUCACCGGUACACCGUUUACAUUCUUUGACUCUGUCUGGGUGUUGUGGGCGCUUCUCUUCAACAACUCGGUCCCGGUGUUCAACCCCAAGGGCCUGACCAGUAAGUUCAUGGUGUGCGUGUGGGCGUUCUUCGCCACCAUCUUCCUGGCCAGCUACACGGCCAACCUGGCGGUGUUCAUGAUCCAGGAGCAGUCUCAUCCGCCAAUCAGAGACCUGGAGGAUGAUCUGCUGCAGCAUCCACAUCUUCAGUCCCCUCCCUUCACCUUCGGCACGGUGAAGUCCAGCAGUACGGAGCAGUACAUCGCACAGAGAUACUCCUCCAUGUACCAGUGGAUGAAGAGAUACAACCAACCGAACGCAGAGGAGGCUCUAGUCGCUCUGAAAGACGGUUUCUAUUUACCACUAGACUCGCCAGAAACAGACGGUUUUGGCGUGGAGGAAGGAGGCAAUAGUGCGCAUUCGGAUGGGGUUGGCAGGGUACAGACGGAAAGCAAGCUCCAAUACGGGUAUGCGAGAGAACCGAAACAGCACGAACCCCUCACCUGUAACGUGUGAAACCCUACCGACUGUGCACACUGCUUGUAGUCCUCACUGUAGACUUGUAGUCCUCACAGUAGACUCGUAGUCCUCACAGUAGAUCGUCCAUCCUACAUUCAAUUGUUUCCCUCCGUCAUGACUCUUGUAGGAUCAAUAUGUGACUGAUAACUUUUUCCUCUCCCGUCGUGCCAGAUGCAGAAACUACAGAAAUAGGCGUUUUCGGUGGCGUUUUAGGGAUGGGGGAACGUUUCAGUGAACUUAUUUCAUUUCCAAGAUGUACUUUCUGUAUCUGUAUCUACGAGGGGCGUUCAAUAAGUAUUGGUCCUGACCCACUUCCAGUCAUCUGAUCUAGAUGACAUUUUGUAUGUAUAAUGAUUCAUAUCUCUAUAAAAUACGUUGCAAAAAACAGCUCUGAACUAAUUGUGGUUUCUGAUUUACUGGUGUUUGAACUGAGUCAGGUGUGAAAUGGACCCAGUGUGAAAUGGAGUCAGUUGA